GUACCCCAACACCACCCGUCGAAGAUGAACGGUAGUAAAACGCGCGUUUUCGUGUGUUUGUGCAAUGGCUGACCAGCAUGCUUCUCCAUAGCGUUGCUGCCGAUACAGCUGUAUCGGGAGGAAUCGCAAGACUUGAGUCCAGCCCUUGAUAAACCCGUAAUCGGAAGGCACGAUCCCGUAGCCUCGUCAUCCGGCGACGCUAUUACCCCACAGUAAUUCGAUCGACAUCUUCUGACGUCUCGACACCUUCACACUUCUUCUCUACAAUUUGCCCUUCAUCAAUUGCCGUUGUGGUGUUGAGAUUCGAAUUGGCUGGCGUCGUGCGUCCGUCUACCGUUUGCGAUGAACUGUCCUUCGCGCACGGAUCCGGAAUUUCCGGAAGGAUACAAUCAAAGCCCCAAUGCACUCAAUGCGGAUGCGACGACAAGAGCAGACUUAGGAUACAUGGCGAAUACAAGAGCUAGGGAUGACCACCGGAUAGAUUGCCACAACGCGGAUGACGACAUGGCAAUAGACCAACGACAAGCAACUGAAGAAGAUGGAGGGUUGAAGCCCAAAGCGUCCGAUGGCCUGCGCAGGGGGAGCGAUGCCACGAGAAAGACCGAACCUGGCACUGCAGAGUCAGCUAUCAGACCGUCUGCCAUGUUCAGCGUGGAACAAGAUGUUGUCCACCCAAGGCGUCGUGGAGGCAUCUUCGGUGGUGCCAUUGAAGUCAUCCGCAAAUACCUGAAGUUUGUAGGACCUGGCUUCAUGGUAGCUGUAGCAUAUAUCGAUCCCGGAAACUACGCUACCGAUGUUGCGGCUGGUGCUUCUUUCGAAUUCAAGCUGCUUUUCAUUGUCCUGAUGUCCAAUAUUUUCGCCAUUUUCUUACAAUCUCUUUGCAUCAAGCUGGGUUCUGUCACUGGCAUGAAUCUUGCAGAGAAUUGCAAGGCCCAUCUUCCGCCAUGGUUGAACUACAUACUGUACUUCUUCGCAGAGUCAGCUAUUAUCGCGACCGAUAUCGCUGAGGUUAUCGGUACUGCAAUCGCUUUGAACAUCUUGAUCAAGGUCCCUCUAGUCGCCGGGUGCGCUAUAUCCAUUGUGGACGUUCUGAUCAUCCUUAUCUUCUACUCCCCAUCUGGCACUAUGCGUGCCCUUCGCGGCUUCGAAUUCUUUGUAGCAUUGCUUGUGUUAGGUGUUGUGAUUUGUUUUUGUUUUGAGCUCAGCAAGAUUCAUGCUUCAGUGGGCGAAGUGUUCCACGGUUAUGUUCCUUCUUCAACUUUGGUCAAGUCGCAAGCCUUAUACCAAGCCUGUGGUAUUUUGGGCGCUACGGUCAUGCCUCACAGCCUGUACCUGGGCAGCGGCAUCGUCCAACCGCGUCUGCGCGAGUACGACGACCAGCACAACUCUACUUCCUUCCAUGACAUAGACGUCGACUCACUCACGGAUGAACUGAAAUACAAGCCUUCUCUUGCUGCUAUCAAGCACUGUAUGUCCUACAGUAUUGCCGAGCUUGCCAUAUCACUUUUUACGUUCGCCCUGUUCGUCAACUCCGCCAUCCUCAUUGUCUCUGGCGCAUCGAUCUAUGGCCAAUCGGAAGCAACAGAUGCAGAUCUCUUCUCUAUUCACAGUCUACUAUCGCGCUCUAUUGCGCCCGUCGCUGGUACCCUGUUCGCGCUGGCGUUGCUUCUCUCCGGGACGUCGGCUGGCAUUGUAUGCACCAUCGCUGGACAGAUGGUCUCAGAAGGCCAACUAAAUUGGACGAUGAAACCAUGGCUUCGCCGUCUCAUAACACGAUCGAUCAGCAUCACACCCUCCAUCAUCAUCGCUGGUGCCGUUGGACAAGAAGGGCUGAGUAAGGCCUUGAACGGCAGUCAGUUCGCGUUGAGUAUCAUUUUGCCUUUUGUCAGCGCACCACUCAUCUGGUUCACCUGCCGAGCGCAAUACAUGAAGGUCGCUGUGCGAUCCGACUACAACGCAUCUCGUACUGGGCAAGAUGCCGACGACAAUGCAGAUGGAUAUGUGCAGAUGCGAAACCACUGGAUCACGACAGCAUUCGCAGUUGUAAUCUGGGGUAUCAUUGUUGUCAUGAACGUCGCAGCUUUGGUGUUCGCAGGUAUGGGUGUUGCCUAGACGUUGUUCGUCAAAGUCUGGUACUCCAAUAGACGCAAAUAAGCUCAACCAAAGGCCGUACUUCCUUCAAUCUACAGGUGUGCCCUUUAGCUGUG